ACUGCGCAUUUAUUAAGUAGUUCGUUAAUUCAUUUCACCAGAAGUUUUACAUUAUAAACACCAGCAUUUAAACUAUGCCGUUUAUCUUUUUUAAAGAUACUUCUUGUUUCUGGUAUUUUUUGUUAAGUAUCUUGGCCAUUUUAGAGCGUCAAAACAGGAAUGACAAGACUUAUAAUUGUGUGGAAUUCUUCUUUUCUAUAAUAACAGGAAGCAAAUCAGAGUAACAUGAUGGAUCUGGAGAUAGCAGACUACGAGCGGACAGUCCAGGCAUUAAAUAUGCAGUUGACAGAGAAAGACACUGCUAUAGGAGAGCUGAAGGUGGAGAUAAAGAGAAAGGAGGAGAGAGUCAAGUCUCUACAGGAACAGAUAGAGGCUGUUGAUGAACAAAGAAACCAGUCAGAAGAGAGAGGCAACAAAUUCAAACAGAUGCUGGUCAAAACUAAAAAGGAGCUUGCUGAUGCUAAGAAAUGGGAAACAGAACAGCGGUCCUCAGAUGCUCACCUUCGAGGUGAGAUGGAGAAUCUUAACCAACAGUUGGAGGAAAACAAGGUGAGCUGUUUGUAGUGGUGUUCCCAUACU